AUGGCGCCCCCGGGCGGCGGCGGCACCUUCGCGCCCGCCGUCCGCGCCGCGUCCCGCGCCCUCCUCGACUGGUCUCUCGCGCAGUACGCGCGCCCGUCGAACGCCUUCUGCCACGGCGCGCUCGUCCUCGCGCAGCUCCUCUUCGCGGGCAUGCACAUCACCGCGGCGAGCGCGUUAGAUCACAUCCCACCCUUCUCCUUCUGCGCGCUGCGACUCGCGCUCGCGCUGCCGUUCCUGUACUGGCUCGCGAGACGCGAAGGCGGUCGCGCGCUGCGCGGGUGGGAGCGCGCGUGGCCGCUGCCGAUGGGCGCCGCCAUCGGCACCGCCUACGCGCUCGUGUUCGUGUGCAAUCAGCGCAGCGGGCCCAACUACACCGCGAUGGUGCAGCCGUUGAUUCCGCUCGCGGCGGCGGCGAUGAGCGCGGCGCUUCGCAUCGAGCGCGUGGACGCGAUGAAGGCGGGCGGGCUGUUCGUCAGCGUGGUCGGGACGACGAUCACGCUGCGGGUGUGGACGAACGAGGACGAGGCGCCGGGGGUGGUGGACUCGAUCUUUCUCAUGACGCAGCCGAUCGCGUACGCGACGUAUGUCGUGCUCCUGGCGUUGGCGCUGAAACGCGUCCGCGCUGGUGACGGUUCGAAUUCUACAGCUGCCGUUACGAGGAGGAGCGUUACUACUAGUCAUUUCGAAGACGAAGACGACGACGACGACGACGACGUCGUCAUAGAAGGGCUCGACCGUCCGCCGCCCGGGCCGAUGUUGUUCUUAUUCGCCGCCACCGUCGUCAGCGAGAUCGUCAUCGCGUCGGUCGGCGUGCGCGGGCUGGUGCGCCGCGUCGAGUGGUCCACGCUGCCCGCGCACGCGUACCUCGCGGUGCUGUACGCCGGGAUCAUGUCCUCGUGUUUCGCGCACGGGAUAAACAGCUGGGCGAUAUCGCACGUCAGCGGGGUGCUGCCGACGGUGUACAGCGGCGUGCAGGUGAUCUUCACGGUGAUCCUCGCGGAUAUUUUCCUGGACGAAGGCGCGUUCUAUAAGAUAGUAUCGGACUGGUCCCCAUACGACCGCGUCGGCGAGGUUGACGCCGUUCCUUAA